UGCCACAUAUUCAUGUUCAGACAUAAUCACUUUUCCUUAAUCGGAUACAUUAUUCGUCUGAGUGAGAAUUUAGGCUACUUGACACACAUUCCUACCCUGCUGUCAGUUUUCUGAAUUUUACAGUUAGGCUAAUUGGAGUAUUUAGCUUGAUGAUAGUUAGCUUGCAACAUACUAAAGUUACUUUGUAUUCUCUUUCUAAAACAUGAACCUUGUUUGAGAUAUGUCUUAUCUGUUUCGACUGUUCAACUCUUAUUAUUUCCCCCUCCUCCUCUUCUGAUGGUCACUGUUAGGCUAUGACAGCUGUUUGUUUGUUGUGUCAAUGGAGUAACAUCAGCUUCUUCCUUCCCUAGUGAGUCGUGACAUUCUUCAUCCAGCCUGCCCACCGGGACAACCAGGCUUGGCUCUUCACCAUGGCCCACUAUUCCUCCUCAUCGCCCGCUUGCUGCAGCUGCUGUCCGAGGGCAUGGCGUUGUUCCCGCUCCUCUGCCUGUACCCUGGGCCUCGGCUUAGGGUUUGUCAUGUUGGGGACCAGUCGCAUCCUGCUGCUCAAGUUUUCUGCCAAUUCAGAGAACAAGUAUGACUUCCUUCCUGCUUCUGUAAAUCUGUUAGCAGAGGCCAUCAAACUUCUCUUCUGCUUAGCCAUGUCUGUGAGGGUAAUAAUUCGAGAGGAGAGAUCGUUCAGAGAUCUGUGCUGCUCCUCCGGCUCCUCAUUCCUCAGCUACAUGAAGUGGUCUGUCCCAGCAUUCCUCUAUUUCCUGGACAACCUGAUCAUCUUCUACGUGAUGACCUACCUCCAGCCCGCCAUGGCAGUGUUGUUUUCCAAUGUUGUCAUCCUGACUACAGCUGUGCUGUUUAGAAUUGUGCUGAAGAGGCGCUUGUCCUGGGUGCAGUGGGCCGCCCUGGUCAUUCUCUUCCUGUCCAUCGUGGCCCUGACCAUGGGCACGGGGGACAACCAGCGUGCCAUCGCCGUGCCCGGCCUACACGUCUCCCCCCUCUCCACCCCCUCCAACAGCUGCCUGGUCUUCACUCAACAGCAGCUGGAGCUCCGCAACCACACCCUGGCCGCAACCGUUGCGGAUGACCCGGCCUGGACCGAAACGGUGGCGCGGUGGCUCCGUCACUUUGGCCUGGGAUACGUGUUCCUGUUGGUGCAGUGUUUCGUGUCGUCCAUGGCCAACAUCUACAACGAGAAGAUCCUGAAGGAGGGCGACCAGCUGACCGAGAGCAUCUUCAUCCAGAACGGCAAGCUGUACGUGUUCGGCCUGCUCUUCAACGCCCUGGCGCUGGCCCUCCGGCCCGAGGACCGCGCGGUCAUCCUGCACUGCGGCCUGCUGCACGGCCACAACGCCUUCUCGGCGGCGCUGGUGGUCGUCACGGCGGCGCUCGGCCUCUCGGUGGCCUUCAUCCUCAAGUUCCGCGACAACAUGUUCCACGUGCUGACGGGCCAGAUCACCACGGUGCUGGUCACCGCGCUCUCGCUUUUCCUCUUCGACUUCCGGCCGUCAGUGGACUUCUUCCUGCAGGCGCCCGUGGUGCUGCUGGCCAUCUACAUCUACCACGCGAGCCGCACGGCUGACCCCGAGUACGCCCUGCAGCGCGAGAGACUGCGCGUGCUCAACGGCGAGGUGCUGGAGAGGUCGCGAGGGGAUGGCGAGGAACUCGAGAGGCUGACCAAGCCCAACACUGACAGUGACACGGAAGAAGAGUCUCUCUAGCAGACGUAAGAUGGUAACACGGAGGACUGAGUCUCUCUCUUGACAGACACAGACAGACGUGGGGGAUGUAAUGGACCUUUCUGUGGGAGCCCUCUACCUCCCUGUUACCAGCUUCUCCUGGGCUAAUCAAGCUCAGUGGUGGUUAUCGUGUUGUAAAUUAUUCAGGAAAGUGCCUGUACAUAAUGCUUGGUUUACAAAAUUAUAUGGUUAGAGAAUAAUUGUGUGUGUGCGUGCGUGUGUGGUGGUGGUGAAUAACCUGAGUCUAAUGUGUGGGUGUGUGAGUAGAAUAGCAAUAAUUGAAUUUGGUGUGUUUGAGGCGAGGGAACAAUGAACUGCAUUGACCCCCCAAAGGCUUCAUGAAAUAGGACAAAGGGAUGCUAUCAUUAUUGUUUUAAAACUGCAUAAAUGGUUGUGUGGAACAUGCUAUAAUUAUGCUAAAUUAUUUGAAUGUUUGUAUGAAAAAAAGCUUCAGUUUACUUAACAAUUUUGGAGCAAAUAGCUUACUUUAUAUAUGACAUCAUUACAAAUUACCACUGCACCAUGGUGCCAUGUGUGUAUAUUUUUAAGCUCUAUUAACAUUUCCAUUAUUCAUAACCACAAAUACCUUGUUCAGUGCCUGUUUGUUUAAAUCAGUGAAACUCUUGAAGCCUGUCAUUCGUAGUAAGCAUUAUUGAUCUCUUUUUGAUACUCGUUUUCAUGGUUUCUUUGUGUAGAUACCUUACAAAAAGCACAAAUUAAACCUACUGAAUGUAACAAUCGCCAGGGGUGAUAUGUCAGGACAUAUUGCCACAAUUGUAUGGUUAUAGCUGAAAAGCACAAUAAAUGAAUAUUGAAAU